UUGACUGUAAUUUUGAAGCAGUGUUGCUUCCUGUCCUAUGAAAUUGAGUUCGUGUAAUGACGUAAUCCACUGAUAAGCCUGGGUUGGAUUAAAUAACUCUCUUUUCUACCUAGGGCAGUAGGGACGGGCGGUACUGUGGGCGUUACUUAAAAACUUGUCGCCAGUUGCUGUAUGCAGAGUAGUCUAUUUGAGAACCUGCGUGGUCUAUCAAAACAGAAGACUUUACUGACCCAUAUCCAACCCACAAUGAAGUCGUUCUUAUACCUAAUACUUUGUCUUCCAGUUGUGUUCAGUCAGAUUUCGGAGGAAAUCGAUUCCCAGUUCUAUGACGUAUUUUUCACGGAAAAUCGAGAAUGGCGUCUUGUCUUCCGAGGCACACCUGCGAUCAACCAAUCCGUGUGGCAUGCCUUUACCACUCAUCAGACCAUCAAAGUGGAACCUGGAUGCAAGCAAAUUUUCAGCCAGGAGCCGUGCCAGCACCAUUACCGCAACAAUGACGUCAUGGACCACUGGGCCAACUUUGAGCAAGUUGCUUUCGUCAUCUACAAGGGCGGUGUGCGGGUGGCCCACGUGAUCUUUGACGGUACCGGCACAAACUACCAGAACUGGUGCGACUCGAAGCGGAUAGUCAGCUCUUCCUGGACAGAUAUAAAGAAGAAUGGCAAGAACUUCUUCAGCGUGCACGGAGACGACAGUCUGCAGCGUCGCUUUUUCAUGAACCACCAGUACGGGGGCUGCCCCAGUGACGCAGGGUGGUUCGUUGCUGUGGACAGGAAAAAUGUACCCUGUGCCUGGGAGAAGAACUCUGGCUUCCCGAUGUUUCUGUACGCUAAAAAAGACGUCAUGACCAACUGGACUACAGGUGACGUAGAGCGGGCAGACUUCAUUGCCGUGUUCGUCAAGUACAACACCGGGGCAGUGGUCGGCAAGUAAAUCCUCCAGGCAUGACGUCAUGAGUGGUCGGUAAAUGAACUUUCUAGGCAUGACGUCAUGAGUGGUCGGUAAAUGAACUUUCCGGGCAUAACAUCAUUUGUGGUUCCUCAAGAGAACCUUCUAUGCAUGACGUCAUGAGCUAUCUUCACAGAGAACCUACACGGAAACCAAGACUUCGACCAGCUCAUCCCAGUCCACAUAAACAAACAUGUAAUACUUUAUGUUUGAAUUAACAUAAUAAAUAAACGUAUUGGGAGAUUUUCAAAAAACUUGAGUUUGUUCCUCGGAUGUCUUCGGGUACUCUCCCCAGGGUUCUGAGUGUUGUCUUAUACCCGGCCAUCCAGGGAAAAGCCACUUUAUCCUCCACCAGGACUCGUCAUGCCAGCCUUUACUACAUCUAGUUUCCAAAGUGGAGUUUGGAUUAUACCACCGGUGCUUUCUUCCUGUUUACCUAUCUGCUUCUUGUGAAGCAGCAUUGUUUUGUGUUUUUUGUGUUGUUGUUUUUUUAUGCAGAUGUUUUUUACGCACCCAUGGACGCAAUUUAGAUCUUCUAGGAGAUGGGCUUCCGAUCCUUCAUGACAGGACCAGCCUGGACAGUGAGAGAUAUGUAACAUCCCAAGAAAAAGACCGCGAUUCUCAAUAGAAAUUUUCCGGGAAUCGAAUUCGGGACUCCUGCCUGUGACAGUGAAGCGUUUAACCGCAUCACCAACUGGCGCUGCAUUGUGUCUAUGUGCACAGUAUAUGGUCAGCAAGUCCACGGGAUUAUCUAACAACUCUUAACAGUUUUGGGUUGUUGGGGUUGUUUUUUUUAAUUUCAUCCCGGCUUUCUCCUUGUUAUCCCUUUCUUUCUGAGUAGUCAUAUCACGAUUUGCAGUUGUCUCCCUUAAAAUUAUUUACUUCUUGAUGUUUCGAAGAUAGACAAAAAGGUGAUAAGCCAGCCUCACAAUUAUUUAUAUGUGGAGUAGUAAUUCAUUUAAUUAUCUCCGCGAAUAACGAAACUAACAUUAACAAGGGAAACAAAAACAAUGACAACAUAGAAGCAAUAACAGCAACAACAACAACAACAAAAACAACAACAACAACAACAACAACAACAACAACAACAACAACAACAACCAGUAAACAAUGGCAAUGAACUCACUGGAAAACACACAUUCUGGUCAUUCGACAACAUUUAAAGAUGUGCUGUUAAGGGACAUAAUAAAUUCAUUAUUCAAAC